AUGAACCCAAAGUAUGCAUCCGGGGGUCUAGAAGGCUUCUUCUUAGCCAACAUCCCGCUACAGCCAGGAAUGACCACUUCUCCUAAUCUGUCAUUUGGAAGGAUAUUUUAUUCCAACAGCAGCAUUUUUCACCCGGCCACAUUUUUCCUCAUUGGAAUCCCAGGUCUCGAAGAGGUCCAUGUCUGGAUCUCCCUUCCUUUCUGCUCUGCUUACCUUGUGGCUUUACUGGGCAAUGCCACAAUUCUGCUCGUCAUCAAGACGGAACACAUGCUCCGGGAACCCAUGUUCUACUUUCUAGCCAUCCUUUCAACAAUUGAUCUGGCCCUUUCUACAACCUCUGUGCCCCGCAUGCUGGGUAUCUUCUGGUUUAAUGCUCAUGAGAUUAACUUUGGAGCUUGUGUGGCCCAGAUGUUUUUGAUCCAUGCCUUCACUGGCAUGGAGGCUGUGGUCCUGGUGGCCAUGGCCUUUGACCGUUAUGUGGCGAUCUGUGCUCCACUCCACUACACGACCAUCUUGACAUCCCGUGUGCUGAUGGGAAUCAGUUUAUACAUUGUAAUUUUCCCAGUCUUUCUUACACUUCCCAUGAUCUAUCUCAUCUACCGUCUACCCUUUUGUCAGGCUCAUAUAAUAGCUCAUUCCUACUGUGAGCACAUGGGCAUUGCAAAAUUGUCCUGUGGAAACAUCCGUAUCAAUGCUAUCUAUGGGCUCUUUGUAGUUUCUGUCUUUCUUCUGAUCCUAGUCCUUAUUGGCAUCUCCUACGUUUACAUUCUCCGUGCUGUCUUCCACCUCCCAUCACAAGAUGCACGGCUAAAAGCCCUAAGCACAUGUGGCUCCCAUGUUGCAGUCCUCUGUGUUUUUUACAUCCCCUCAGUCUUCUCUUUCCUCACUCACCGCUUUGGACACAACAUACCCCACUAUGUUCACAUUCUGGUUGCCAACCUCUAUUUGGUUAUCCCACCCUCACUUAACCCCAUCAUUUAUGGUGUGAGGACCAAACAGAUUCGAGAACGAGUGCUCUGUGCCUUAACUAAAAAAUAG